AUGUCGACCCCGUCCAAGCGUCCCACGGCACUGCUCUGCCGCCUAUCCGCUGUAGGUGCGAGGGUGACGUCUGCGAGAACGGGAACGGGAACGCACACCCUCCUCCGUUGCCUCAAUUCUGCCUACCCCUUUAGGCCACCUCAACCACAUCUGCGCCGCGUCUCCCUCCGCGUCUAUCAAACGUCCAGCCCGGCCGCCUCUCCCUGUGAUCCUUACUUAACCCCCAGCGCCGCCCGUCUCCACCUCCGGUCUCCUACCCCUUCCUUUCCUCACCUCACAAACACCUUGACGGCUGCGAAGAACUCCUCCCCUUCAUUACCAGCAACUGUCAUCAUGUCCUCCACCACCACUGCCACCAAGACCGCCAACGCGCCUCAGUCUCGCAAAAGCCACGGUCAUCAUCACCACCACCACCACCACCACGGCCACGACAAUGUCUACCUGACCUCAGCCAACAAGAACGACGCCGGCGUGCGCAUCACCCGCAUCGGUCUCUACUCCAACCUGGGCAUGGCCUUUGCCAAGGGUGCAGGUGGCUACGCCUUUGGCUCCCAGGCUAUGAUCGCCGAUGCCUGGCACAGUCUUACUGACCUGGCAUCCGACGUCCUGACGCUGGCCACUGUUUCGUGGAGCUUGAAACCCCCGACCGACGCCUUUCCCACUGGUUUCGGCAAGAUUGAGAGUCUGGGAUCUCUAGGUGUCUCCAGCAUGCUUCUGGGCGGUGGUCUGUUCAUGUGCUGGAGCAGCUUGAUCACCCUCCACGCUCAUCUCUUCCUCGACCCUGCAGCUGCUGCAGAGGCCAUCGCACACGCCCACCACGGCCACAGCCACGGCCAUGGCCAUGGCCAUGCUACUCCGAGUUUGCACGCUGCUUGGUUGGCUCUUGGCACCAUCGCAAUCAAGGAGUGGUUGUACAGAGCUACCAUGAAAGUCGCCGUCGAACGAAAGUCCUCCGUCCUCGCCUCCAACGCCGUUCACCACCGUGUCGACAGCUGGACCGGCAUUGUCACACUGCUUGCUAUCCUGGGUGCAAACUUUUUCAAGGAUGCGACCUGGCUGGAUCCCGUUGGUGGCCUGAUGAUUUCUCUCCUCGUCAUCAAGGCCGGUGCUGAGAACACUUUGUCUUCUGUAUACGAAUUGGCCGACCGAGCCAUUGAUGACGAAGUCAAGGGAGACGUCCACAAAUACGUCCUCAGAAGUCUCUCCGACGUAACAGAUGGCCACGAGAUUGAUGUCCGCAACGUUUCUGGCGUCAAGUCUGGUCAGAACUACCUGGUGGACAUCGACUUGGCUGUGCCCGGAGCCUGGUCAGUCGAGGCUGUCCGAGAAGUGGAGGACCAAGUCCGUACUCUGGUCGGUGCCAAGGUCCGGGGUGUACGGAGGAUCAAAGUGCGCUUCGUCCCAAAGGAGACCGAGGUUGCGCGCAAGUUUGACGAGUUCAUCCCCGGAGAAGCCAACCGAGAGGCUAGCGAGGAGGCCGAGGACCACAGCCACACCAAUGGCAAUGGUCACAAGCACGAAUAA